CAAAAAUAAUGUCUGUCAGUUUUGAGUACUGUCAAGAAAACUUAAGCUCAAAGGGCUAUCUGAGUGACUGUGAGAUGAGAGUAGACCUCUUGAAAAACACAACAUGUAAGCAUAGACUUAAAACAGGAUUGCAGAUGGGGCUUAGUACACAUAUACGGAGAAAUACUGUUCACAUGUACUGACACGACAGCUACAAAACUGACGCAUGAAGGUAUUAGAAUAAACAAAAACAGAAAACAAGCUUAACAGAUUAGAUCAACUUUAAAGGAACGCUGAAGAGGGAGAAGGUGAUGAUGACACCGAAGGCAGACAAGGCCAAAUGGACACAGGACUGGAGGGGCUUAAGUAGGAUAACAUGUAGGGGGCUGGGUCACUGAGAGCUCAAACUUUCAAAUGAUGAGGGGCUGAGUGUCACAGAUACUUCCACACCUCCAAGACUACAGGAGUUUUGUUAAGACCCCUGCUCCACCUGCUACUAGGAAUUCAGGUGUGUGCCUAUCACCUGGGGUUGGGGGUGGGGUGCCCUUUCACAUUUAGAUUAAGAUUUUAGGCUGGGGUCCCAGCUGGAGAAUUUCGGGAAGGUCCCCCAGGAAUGGCAGUCACUGGGCCCGGCUGCACACAAUAAUGACUUCUGAGAACAAAGCAGACUCCCAUCAAUGAGUGUGCUUGAAAUUUUAAAGAACAGUUGUGGCCAACAGAGCUAAAACCAUUACGUUUAUGGAAGGGUUUUAGCUCACUCUUUUUAUAUUGCCAUUUUAUGCAAGUGACUUCCAAAAUCUUCAACAGUCCUAACUUCAGAAGACUAGGAAGUUGAGGACAAAUUAAAGCUCCUUCCAGCAUGACCCUUCCCUCACCCCUCACUUUCUUUCCUUAAGGGCUCUAAUUUUCAUCAGAAGUCUGUGGCCUCUGUUGCUCUCAGAGACUAAUGGGUUAAACACUAACUCACCCACCGGUUUCCUACUCAGCUACUUCCUCUGGCUGCUUUCCCACUGCCAAAAAGGAAGCAAUCUUUUCUGCCUUGCCCAGUGCUACUGCUUCUGUCACUUUCACUAAGGAAAGUCCUUAAAUUUCUCUGGAAAACAUUUAGGACUUUGGACUAAAUCAUACAAAUUUUGCCUUUUUUUCCUCUCCUGGAAGCUAAAGAUAUUUUUCAGAAGACUUAGUUUUUCACUUCUCUAGUUGGAUGUUUGCUAACAACAGCCAUGCAAAUAGAGCUCUCCACCUGCUUCUUUCUGUGCCUUUUGCGAGUAAGCUUCAGCGCCACCAGAAGAUACUACCUGGGUGCUGUGGAACUGUCCUGGGACUAUGUACAAAGUGACCUGCUCAAUGACCUGCAUGUGGACACAAGAUUUCCACCUAUAAUGCCAAGAUCUUUUCCAUUCAACACAUCCAUCAUGUACAAAAAGACUGUGUUUGUAGAGUUUACAGAUCAUCUUUUCAACUUUACCAAGCCCAGGCCACCCUGGAUGGGUCUACUGGGUCCUACCAUCUGGGCUGAGGUUUAUGAUACUGUGGUUAUUACACUUAAGAACAUGGCUUCUCAUCCUGUCAGUCUUCAAGCUGUUGGUGUAUCAUACUGGAAAGCUUCUGAGGGAGCUGAAUAUGAUGAUCAGACAAGCCAGAGGGAAAAAGAAGAUGAUAAAGUCUUUCCUGGUGAGAGCCAUACCUAUGUCUGGCAGGUCCUAAAAGAGAAUGGUCCAAUGGCAUCUGACCCACCAUGUCUCACCUACUCAUAUCUUUCCCAUGUGGACCUGGUGAAAGAUCUGAAUUCAGGCCUCAUUGGAGCUCUGCUGGUAUGUAGGGAAGGGAGUCUGGAGAAAGAAAGGACACAGACCUUACACCAAUUUGUACUACUUUUUGCUGUAUUUGAUGAAGGGAAGAGCUGGUACACAGAACCAAAGGGCCCCUUGACUCAGGCUACAGAUUCUGCACCUGCUAGGGCCUGGCCUAAAAUACACACAAUUAAUGGUUAUGUAAACAGGUCUCUGCCAGGUCUGAUUGGAUGCCACAGGAAAAUGGUCUACUGGCAUGUGAUUGGAAUGGGAACUACCCCUGAAGUACACUCGAUAUUUCUGGAAGGUCACACAUUUCUUGUGAGGAGCCAUCGUCAGGCUUCUUUGGAGAUAUCACCAAUAACUUUCCUUACUGCUCAGACACUCUUGAUGGACCUUGGACAGUUUCUACUGUUUUGUCAUAUCCCUUCCCACCAACAUGAUGGCAUGGAAGCAUAUAUCAAAGUAGAUAGCUGUGCAGAGGAACCCCAGCUACAGAGGAAAAAUAAUGAAGAGGAAGAUUAUGAUGACGAUCUUGAUUCUGAGAUGGAUGUGUUCAGAUUUGAUGAUGAAAACUCCCCUUUUAUACAAAUCCGUUCAGCUGCCAAGAGGCAUCCUAAAACUUGGAUUCAUUAUAUUGCUGCUGAGGAGGAAGAGUGGGACUAUGCUCCUUCAGUCCUCACUCCUGACGAUGGAAGUUAUAAAAGUCAAUACUUGAACAAUGGUCCUCUGCAAAUUGGUAGAAAGUAUAAAAAAGUCAGAUUUAUGGCAUACACAGAUGAAACUUUUAAGACUCGAGAAACUAUUCAGUAUGAAUCAGGGAUUUUGGGACCUUUACUUUAUGGAGAAGUUGGAGACACGCUGUUGAUUAUAUUUAAGAACCAAGCAAGCCGACCAUAUAACAUCUACCCUCAUGGAAUCACUGAUGUCAGUCCUCUGCACUCAGGGAGAUUGCCAAAAGGCAUAAAAUACUUGAAGGAUUUUCCAAUUCUGCCAGGAGAAAUAUUCAAGUAUAAAUGGACAGUGACUGUAGAAGACGGGCCAACUAAGUCAGACCCUCGAUGCUUAACCAGAUAUUACUCUAGUUUCAUUAAUCUGGAAAGAGAUCUAGCUUCAGGACUCAUUGGCCCUCUCCUUAUCUGCUACAAAGAAUCUGUAGAUCAAACAGGAAAUCAGAUGAUGUCAGACAAGAGAAAUGUCAUCCUGUUUUCUGUAUUUGAUGAGAAUCAAAGCUGGUACCUCAAAGAAAAUAUGCAGCACUUCCUCUCCAAUGCAUCUGCAGUGCAGCCUGAGGAUCCCGAGUUCCAGGCCUCCAACAUAAUGCACAGCAUAAAUGGCUAUGUUUUCGAUAACUUGCAGUUAUCAGUUUGUUUGCAUGAGGUAGCAUACUGGUACAUUCUGAGUGUUGGAGCACAGACUGACUUCUUAUCUGUUUUCAUCUCUGGAUAUACCUUCAAACACAAAAUGGUCUAUGAAGAUACGCUUACCCUAUUCCCAUUUUCAGGGGAAACUGUCUUCAUGUCAAUGGAAAAUCCAGGUGUGUGGGUUCUGGGGUGCCACAACUCAGACUUUCGGAACAGAGGCAUGACUGCCUUACUGAAGGUUUCUAGUUGUUACAGGAACAUUGGUGAUUAUUAUGAGGAUAUUUAUGAAGAUUUUUCAACAUAUUUGCUGAGUGAAGAUAAUGUUCUCAAACCCAGAAGCUUCUCGAAAAAUAAAUUAAAAGCUGCUACAAUUCCAGAAAACAACAUAGAGAAGAUUGACCCACAAUUUAGAGUGGGAAUGGGGAUGGGUAAGAUACAAAAUGUUUCCUCCAGUGAUUUUUUGAGGCCCUUGGGACAGAGUCCUAGUCCACCUGGAUUAUCCUUGUCAGAUCUCCAAGAAACCACACACGAGGCUAUUCCUGAUGACCAUUUACCUGGUGCAAUAGACAAUAAUGAAGGCCCAUAUGAAGCAGCACACUUCUCACCAGAAUUCCAUCACAGUGGAGGCAUAAUAUUUACUCCCGAGCCAAAUAUCCAAUUAAGGUCAAAUGAGAAUAUGGGAACAGUUAUGGCAUCAGACUUGAAAAAACUUGAUUUACAAGUUUCUAGUUCAGCAAAAAACCUAGUAACUUCAACAAUCCUGUCAGGUAAUUUAGUAGCAAGUCAUGAAAAGGCAGAUUCCUUAGGGUCCCCAAAUAUAUCAGUUCACAUUACUAGUCAGUUAAUCAGCACUGUGUUUGGCAAAAAGCCAUCUCCCUUUAUUGGGUCUGGUAUACUUGUGAGUUUGAGUGAAAAAAAUAAUGAUUCCAAGUCAUUAGAAGCAGCUUUAACAAAUAGUCAAGAAAGUGCACUGGGGGGAAAUGCAUCAUCAAUUGUGAUUGAUAGGUUACACAAGGAGAAAAGACAAACUGGACCCACUUUGUUAACCAAAGACAAUUAUUUAUUCAAAGUUAAUACCUCUUCCAUAAAGACAAGUAAAACUUAUAGUGAUUCAAUAACUAAUAGAAAAGCUCACACUGACAGACCAACAUUAAUUGAAAAUAGUACAUCAGCCUGGCAAGAUUCCAUAUUAAACAGUAUCACUAAUUUUCAACAAGGGACAUCUUUGACUCUUGUUGAAAUGCUUGUAGACAAAAAUGCUACAGUUCGGACAGCAAAUCAUGUAUCAAAUAAAACUUCUACACCAAAAAAUAUGGAAAUAGAUCAUCAAAUAAUAGAGGGCCCUGUGUUGCCAAAUGCAAAAAAUCUGGAAUCAGCAAACUGGAUAAAAAGUACCCAUGGAAAGAACUCCCUAAAUUCUGGACAAAUGCCUACUCUAAAGCAAUUAAUAUCCUUAGGAUCAGAAAAGUCGAUAACAGAUCAGAAAUUUGUGUUGGAGAAGAGUAAAGUGGUGGUAGAAGAAGGUGCAAUUACAAGAAACACAGGACCCAAAGAGAUCAUUUUUCCAAGCAAUGACAGUUUAUAUCUUACUGCUUUGGUGAAUAUACAAGAAAAAGAUACACAUGACAAAGUAAAAACUUUACAGGAAGAGACAGAAAGGAAUGAAGCACUAACUGCUGCUAAGAAUGUCUUGAAGAACCUUUUCUUGCUAAGCCCAAGGCAAAAUUUAAGCUUAAAUGUAAAGGCAUAUGCACCAGUACUUCAAGAUAUGAGAUCAAAAAGUGAUUCAACAAAUACAGCAGAAAUUCACAUGGCCCAUUUCUCAAAGGAAAGUGAGGAAGUGGAAACAAACACAGCAGGCUUGGGAAAUCAAACCACACAGAUGGAAGGGAAUUAUCUAAGCACAAGAAUGUCUAAUAUAAGCCAGAAGAACAUUAUUGCUCAACAUGGUAAACAGGCUCUGAAACAACACAGAUUCCCUCUAGAAGAAAUAGAGCUUGAAAAGGGACAAAUUGUGGAUGGCACUUCAACCAAAAACAUGAAAUAUUCAACGCAAGGCCUCCUUACACAGAUAGACUACAACAGGGACAGAGAAAAGGCCUUUACUCGGUCUCAAUUACCAGAUAUUUAUAUGAGGAACGCCACCACCCAGACUAAUAGCUCUGUAUUACCCAGUGCAAACAUAUCAGCAUUUCCACCAAUCAUAUCUGUGGAUCUGAAGAGGAUCCUGACCCAAGAGAACUCUUCUCAUUUUCUAGCUUCAGACUAUGCCUUUGGGACAAAAAGUACUAGGACUCAAGAAGACAGUAAUUUUUUACAAAGAGCCAAAAGAAAUAACCUUUCUCUAGCCAUCCUACCAUUGGAGAGCAUAGAAGAUCAAGGAAAGGUUGACUCCCUGGGGACAAGUGGCACAAACUCAUACAAAAAAUUUAAGAACACUGCUCUCUUGAAAACAAUUUUGCCUGAAGUAUCUGGAAAAAAUGAAUUGAUUCCUAAAGUUCCUAUUCAUCAAACACCUACAGAAACUAGUCAUGGAUCUCCUGGCCAUGUGGACCUCAUGGAAGAGAUCCUUCUUCAGAAAACACAGGGAAGUAUUAAGUGGAACAAUGCAAAUAGACCUGGAAAAGUGUCUUUUGUGAAAGGAGAAACUGAAAACUCUGAAAAGACUCCCUCUAAGCUGCUGGAUUCUCUUGGUUUAGAUAACCAAUAUGUUACCCAGAUACCAAAUAAAGAGUGGAAACCCAAAGAGAACACACCAAAAAACACAUCCUUCAAAACAAUGGACAGUAUUUUGUUCUUGAAUCCUUGUGAAAUAAAUUACCCAUUAGCAGCUAAUGAGGUAAAAAGUUCACCCCAAAGAGAAGGCACUUGGGAAAAACAUGAAAGGGACAGAAGAUUGUGCUCUGAAAACCCAGUAGUCUUGAAACAUCACCCAAAGGAAAUUAGCCAUACUACCCUUGAAUCAGAGCAAGAAGAAACUGACUAUGAUGAAACCAUCUCAACUGAAAUAAACAGAGAUGAUUUUGACAUUUAUGGUGAAGAUGGGAAUCAGGGCCCUCGAAGCUUUCAGAGAAGAACCCGACACUAUUUUAUUGCAGCAGUAGAGCGGCUUUGGGACUAUGGAAUGAGUAGAUCACCUCAUGUUCUAAGAAACAGGGAUAAGAGUGGCAGUGCUCCUCAGUUCAAGAAGGUAGUUUUCCAAGAAUUCACUGAUGGCUCCUUCAGUCAACCUUUAUACCGUGGAGAACUAAAUAAACACUUAGGCAUCUUGGGGCCAUAUAUAAGAGCAGAAGUUGAAGACAACAUUGUGGUAACUUUCAAAAAUCAAGCCUCUCGUCCCUACUCUUUCUAUUCUAGUCUCAUUUUUUAUAAGGAAGAUAACAGACAAGGAGCAGAGCCUAGAAAAAACUUUGUCAAACCAAAUGAAACCAAAACUUAUUUUUGGGAAGUCCAACAUCACAUGGCACCCACUAAAGAUGAGUUUGACUGCAAAGCGUGGGCUUACUUCUCCGAUGUUGAUCUGGAAAAAGAUGUGCACUCAGGCUUGAUUGGACCCCUCCUUAUCUGCCACACUAACACAUUGAAUCCUGCUCAUGGGAGACAAGUGACAGUACAGGAAUUUGCUCUGUUUUUCACUAUAUUUGAUGAGACCAAGAGUUGGUACUUCACUGAAAAUAUGGAAAGGAAUUGUAGGACAUCCUGUAAUAUUCAGAAGGAAGACCCCACUUUGAAAGAAAAUUAUCGCUUCCAUGCAAUCAAUGGCUAUGUGAUGGAUACACUCCCUGGAUUAGUAAUGGCUCAGGAUCAAAGGAUUAGAUGGUAUCUACUGAGUAUGGGCAGCAAUGAAAACAUCCAUUCUAUUCAUUUCAGUGGACAUGUGUUUACUGUACGGAAAACAGAGGAGUAUAGAAUGGCAGUGUUCAACCUCUAUCCAGGUGUUUUUGAGACAGUGGAAAUGCUACCAUCCAAAGCUGGGAUUUGGCGGGUUGAAUGCCUUAUUGGCGAGCACCUAAAUGCUGGGAUGAGCACUCUCUUUCUUGUGUACAGCAAGCAGUGUCAGAUUCCCCUGGGAAUGGCUUCUGGACACAUUAAAGAUUUUCAGAUUACAGCUUCAGGACAAUAUGGACAGUGGACCCCAAACCUGGCCAGACUUCAUUAUUCUGGAUCAAUCAAUGCCUGGAGCACCAAGGAACCCUUUUCCUGGAUCAAGGUGGAUCUGUUGGUACCAAUGAUUAUUCACGGCAUCAAGACCCAGGGUGCCCGUCAGAAGUUCUCCAGCCUCUAUAUCUCUCAAUUUAUCAUCAUGUAUAGUCUUGAUGGGAAGGAGUGGUGGACUUACCGAGGGAAUUCCACUGGGACCUUAAUGGUCUUCUUUGGCAAUGUAGAUUCAUCUGGGAUAAAGCACAAUAUUUUUAAUCCUCCAAUUAUUGCUCGGUAUAUCCGUUUGCACCCAACUCAUUAUAGUAUUCGCAGUACUCUUCGCAUGGAGUUGAUGGGCUGUGAUUUAAACAGUUGCAGCAUACCAUUAGGAAUGGAAAGCAAUGUAAUAUCAGAUGCACAGAUUACUGCCUCAUCCUACUUCACCAAUAUGUUCGUAAGCUGGUCUCCUUCACAAGCUCGACUUAACCUGCAGGGGAAGGCUAAUGCUUGGCGACCUCACGUGAAUAAUCCAAAAGAGUGGUUACAAGUGGAUUUCCGGAAGACAAUGAAAAUCACAGGGAUAAUCACCCAGGGAGUGAAAUUUCUCCUUACCAGCAUGUUUGUGAAGGAGUUCCUCAUCUCCAGCAGUCAGGAUGGCCAUCACUGGACUCUAGUUUUUCAGAAUGGGAAAGUGAAGGUUUUUCAGGGAAAUCAAGACUCCUCCACACCUGUGAUGAACUCUCUAGACUCACCACUGCUGACUCGCUACCUUAGAAUUCACCCACAGAGUUGGGCACACCAGAUUGCUCUAAGGAUGGAGAUUCUGGGCUGUGAGGCCCAGCAAGUGUACUGAGGGACCUUGCAGUCCUAAUCUUUCCUUCACCAACUCCAUCAGCUCUAAAGUACUUCUCGACUCAAAGCCAGUGUCCCUUUUAGACUUCCAGGUUAUACAGUAACUCUCACUGUCUGUAGCAUGUUCAAUUUAAUUUGUAUUUAAGUUACAUAAUGCUAACAGACACUGACCUGAAGCUUCCCAAAUGAUUAAUCCUACAUUUCUUAAAAACUUAGGUUUCUGACAGAGCUACAACUUUGUAAUAGAAAAACUUUGUGUUGAAAAAGAUAUUCUUUGUAUUCACAGAAGGUGUGCAUGAUGUAAGUAACCAUCAGGUUGAACUUCAGACAUUUACAAUUAGACUCGCACUUAGUAUCCAUAUGGAUCAUAAAAUAAAACAUGUUUGGGGAUCUUGUCUAAACAGACGUGAAAUUUUAAACAAGCAAUUAAUUUUGACAGUAGUUAAAAUGAAGAUAUGGAAGAAUUGCUAUAUUAGAGACUACUUGAUUAAAUAAACUUAAUCUCAGAAGGAUGUAGAAAUAAAGCCAUUUUAUCUUAAUUCCAAUCAACAAAAAAUACAUUAGAAGUAUAGAAUUUAUCCAGAGCAUUGAAAUUAAAUGAUAAUGUCCUAUUGAAAUUUGUGGUGGCCAAGAAGAAAAUGCUCCUAACAGACUUCAAAGCACA